UUCUCUUACUCAGGGAAGACACAGCUUUUUUAUUCUGUUCAGGCCUUCUUCAGCUGAGUGGAAGAGGCCCUCUCGCAUCAGGGAAAACCACCUGCUUCACUCAGACUACCCAUUUAAACGUUAAUCUCAUCCAAAAACAGCCUCACAGAAAACACCCAGAAUAACAUUUGCCCAAACGUCUGGGCACCCUGUGGCCCAGUCCAGCUGGCACAUAACACUGACCAUCACAUAUCUAAAAGAGAUCGUGUUGAGUGGAAAAUCAAGAUACAGAAAAGAGCCUUUCAUCUUGUUGCUACAAAGAGAGCAAGAUGGGUCACCAGCAACUCUACUGGAGCCAUCUGAGGAAAUUUGGCCAGGGUUCUCCUUCUUGCCGCGUCUGCUCAAACUGCCACAGUAUGAUCCGGAAAUACAGCCUCAACAUACGUCUCCAGUGUUUCUGUCAGUACGCGAAGGACAUAAGCUUCAUUAAGUUGGACUAAGUGAAUGGGUCAUUCAAGACAUCUGCCUUAUGACAGAAUGCUAUCUUUUUGCACAUGAAAUAA